UUUCUUUAAUUUCAAAACAUAUCUUUCUCUAAGAUUCUCAGGUCUAGUGGUCUACAACUUCACUUCUUACAUUCAAUUCCAAUUUUUUUUUUUUUUUUAAAUAUUUUUCUUGGAGGGAAUUCUUAGCUUAUAAAACCAUUUUUAUUUUCACCAAUUCACCCAACGUGCAAAACCUUCAAAAUCCUAACUUUCUUAACAAAAAACUAAAAUUUUCAAAAAAUGCAUCAAUCCCUUCAACAACCGCCGAAACAAUCACCCAACCAAACCACCAACGGUAACUGUUACCGGUGUUCAAAACCAGGUCAUUGGGUCAAAGACUGCCCUCAAACGGGUCAAAGCCCAUUUAAAAACCGGAGCCCACUUAACAAUCGGAGCCCUGUUUUUCAUCCAACUUCUACCUUCGAUUUUCCAUCCACCCACUGCCUCUGCGGUGCCGGGUUGUGCGAAAUUCGGGUCUCCCAUAGCUCGGCUAAUCCGGAUCGCAAAUACUAUUGUUGCCCCGGAAAAUUUGAGUAUCAUUGCGAUUAUUUUAAAUGGUGUGAUAGAUUAAAAAGAGAAGAGAUCCUGGAAGUUCAACCCAAACCGUACCCGACUUGUGGGUGUGGGGCCGGAGUUUGUGCUGUUCUAAAAGAAAAUGGGCAAACUUAUUUUAUCUGCCCUAUAAAAAAGGGAUAUGGAGCUUGUAACUUUAGGCAACUGAUGGAGGAAGAUCAAGAAUCCAAUGUCUUCAGUCCUGAAGCCAUAAUGCAAAUUGAUGAUGUGAUAAACCGAUCCUUGGCAAGGCGUGCCCUUGAUUUUUCCUCUGAAGAGGUUCAAGGACAGAUGGAGAAUGGAGUGGGUGGGUCAUCUGUUAUAGUACACAGGAUGUCACUAAGAUCUUCUGACGCUCUUCAUGCUGUUAAAAACAAUCUGAAUGUGGGUGACACUCUGGUGAACAAUGUCGAAGCAGCUGUUCCCACAACUAUAGUACCAGCUGAAAAUCAAUUUUCACCAGGUAAAGUAUGUAUGUUUUGAUUCAUUCUGUGGACGUGGAAGCACCAGCUUUUUAAUUUUGCUAUGUUCGUUUGUUCUCAAUUUCUGCUGCCAAAUAGCCAAAUCUUUCUAUAAAUACGUCUAUGCUACUUCAAUAUUGGUCAUCAAAUACCAUAUCAUGUCAAAGAGCCAUGCCAAUUUCGAUUUCUGUGUCCUCGUGUCAUUGUUUCAGCACUUGAACGUUUUCCGACUUUAAUCCACUUGUGCCCGAAGACAAAACACCCUCAAAAGGCGGUUUUAAAUCAGAUGAGGUUCUCCCUAAACAGACAUUGCUGAUGAAAGAUGGGCGCAAUGAAGACCGUUUUGUGACAGAUGCUGUCUUACAGGCCUCUGAGAAGUUAUCGAAAUUCUCUCUAAAUGAACUCAUCACACUGUUGGAGUCUGUGGGUUCCAAGAAUCACAAGAAUGGGAUGAUGGAAUGUUACACUUUUGCUGGUCUGGAUUGCUUGCAGCUUGAUGAUAAUGGGCUCUUGCAUCUGUUACUAACUGAAUACAUACCACAAGUAGCUGCUCUUUCUUGUAUGGAGCAAGAUAUCCACUAUGAUAUCUCCGUAAAACUUCUAAACCACGAUAAGAAUGGGGAAUCUCGUUUUAAGGAUAUAUUUCAUGCAUUUUGUGAGGCUGGGAAAGCCUAUAUGGCUUCUAAUGAACGGUUGAAUUCACUGCAGAAGAAUUCUCCUAGUGUUGGAGGCAUGUUGGAUGUUUUGGAAUAUGAACUAUGGUGUUGCGAGGUGGAGAAUGAUACUAAACGAGACAAGUUACUUCAGAUAACAAAAACCAUGUCACAGUGCAUGCAAGGAGAGCUUGCAGGUUGCGUUUAGGAAAGCAAGGGUCUUGGUUUGUUAACUAAUGUGUGCAUUUGCAGUCUUCAACGCGAGUUGUGCCCUGGGGUUUUGCCUAAAAUGAAGUAAUCUACAAUCCGUAAAUAGUAGUCUAUGUUCUAUUAAGUAUUAACCAAGUUUAUGUGACGUCUACGUAACCAAAUGUCCAAAUAUAAUGAUGUGCAAAUAUGCAAUGUAAGUUAUAAGUGCUAUAUGUAUGUAACAAACUGAACUAAUGGCAGCAUGUAAACCAUUAGAUGCUACCACCUAACCUCUAUGUAUGGAUGAUGAAAUGUAGGUGACUAUUUCAAAACAAGUGUUAAGUGUAUAACGUCAUUAUAAUUAUAACAAAACAAGGCAAUAUUAUUAGCCUUUGUUUAUAUGGAACAGAAAAUGACUAGGAAUGUUGAGUAGUUAUUACACCAUCUAUUUUACAAGGAGCCCUUUUCAUAAAUAAGCUGGCAAAACAUCCAAUUGCAUAUUAAUAGUGUACUAGCAUAGUGCCCGUGCGAUACACGGUUUAUAAAUCAAAUUAUUACACCCGUAGGAAAAAUAAAAAUAAAAACCAAGGUAAUCUAAUAUAU